CAGUUGGCAGCCUGUGGGGGUAGAGAGGAGUAUACGGGGAGCAUUAUCUCGGUACAAUGCGCGCGCACUGCCGAGCCCAGGGGCAUAAGCCCGUGUAUGGCUUCCAAGGGACCCUUAUAGAAAAAUCUUUGCGCCACAACCAAUAUGUCGGACGCACAGUUUACAUCCACUAAGAUGGCGGCGCCCAUAGAUUGAUUUCCGGUUGUGUAGACAUCGGGGUCUGCACCCCGGCUUCUGGUGAUGGGGUUCCUGGUGGGGCUCAUUUUCCUGCUGCUCCCAGUGAGCGGAGCGGAGACGGAAUGGGACCCAUCCGGGUAUGUGCUGUACUGCCCCUGCAUGGGGAGGUUUGGGAAUCAGGCCGAUCACUUCCUAGGAUCCUUGGCGUUUGCAAAGAUGCUGAAUCGGACUCUCGUGGUCCCUCCGUGGAUCGUAUAUAAUCAUCACCGGCCCCCGUACGCCAAUGCAAGUCCCGUGCGCCGCACCUUUAAUAAACAUGUGCACGUGGCUUACGAAGAGUAUUUCCAGCUGCAGCCUUUAAGAAAGUUUCACAGGGUGAUCAGCAUGGAGGAGUUUAUGGAGAAACUUGCCCCCGUCCAUUGGCCCUCCAGCCAGCGUGUGGCCUACUGUUUCAGGGUAGCUGCGCAGAGAAGCCAGGACAAGAAGACGUGCCCUAUGAAGGACGGAAACCCAUUUGGGCCAUUUUGGGACCACUUCCAUGUGAAUUUUGUUAAUUCCGAGCUGUUUGAUGGUAUUACCUUCAGUGCCUAUUAUAAAGAUGCGUGGAAUGGCAGGUUUUCCCCGUCUCGGCAUCCGGUUCUCGCUCUGCCGGGAGCACCAGCCCAGUUUCCAGUUCUCGAGGAGCACAGAGAAUUGCACAAGUACAUGGUGUGGUCUGAAAAGAUAGAUCAGCAGGGGCGGGAACACAUCAGGACUUUGCUCACCAGACCCUAUGUGGGGAUUCACCUCCGGAUCGGGUCUGACUGGAAAAAUGCCUGUAACAUGCUGAAGGAUGGAACGGCGGGCCCGCACUUCAUGGCGUCCCCCCAAUGUGUGGGGUACGAUAGGCAGAAGGCGGCCCCCCUCACCAUGGACAUGUGCCUCCCAGACCUCAGGGAGAUCCUUCGUGCCGUGACUCGCUGGGUGAAGAGGUCCCAGGCCAGGUCCGUGUACGUUGCCACCGACUCCACGUCAUACACUGUGGAGAUCCAGGCUGCUUUGGGGAAAAAGGUUAAAGUUGUGUGUCUGGAGCCAGAAGUCGCUCAGAUAGAUCUCUACAUCCUCAGCCAGUCCGACCAUUUCAUCGGAAACUGUGUUUCCUCGUUCACGGCGUUCGUGAAGCGGGAGCGUGACGUUCACGGCCGGUCCUCGUCCUUCUUUGGGAUGGAUUCCCUGGUAAGACAGUCGGAUGAACUGUGAGCGGAGGAGCGGGACUUCUGCAGACUCCUGGCACGGAGCGGACCGAGGGGCCACAGAGUGCGAGACCCUUACAUGCCGUUCAAACAUUCUGAACUACCGUACACAUCCGUCUGUCUCUGAUCUGCACGAUACCGGGUGUUACUGUUAGCGUGUGCCAGAUACACGGCAGUCCUGUGAUGCAUAUUUGCCUUUUUUUUCUCACUUUAUGGAAUUGCUUGCGCUGGGGACCUGCUCAAUCAUUUUUGGGAGAAGGGAAAGAGUUAAACAUUAGAAACCAUUAUUAAAGGAAGCUGCGAUUCUAACCAACGUGACCCAUCCCUGCAGUAUUUAAGUAUGGUGCCCGGUGUGCCGUUUAACUGCAGACGCCUCUGAGAAGAGCUCGCUGUAUGGCUGCGUCACAAUCUUCGCUGCCCCGAGGGUCGCAACUUUUAUUCCCCCCGCUACGGGAGCUCCGGUCCCCUCGGUAUUCAUUUUCUGUAAGGCAUAACCCCGUCUCCGCUCCGUCAAUCUUAUUUUUAGACAUUUCUGGGUUUUCUAAUCCUCAGUAUUAAUACUAUCCGGUCAGGGGGUAUGUAUUUGCGUGCGUGCGCGAUAUGCUUAUUACCCCGCGAGCGCAGUUUAAUUACUGAAACCACUAUUGUAUUUUACAACUUUGUAUAUAUUUCAAUAAUAAAAUAUUUGAUUAAUUUG